AAAAAAAAAAUACAGACUUCACGCGCGUUUUUUUCUUUUAAAACAAGCAUGUAUAGAAUAAAUACGUGCCCGUUCUGAAUGUAAACAGUGCCAGACUGAAAAAUCUGCCAGGAAUGACAAAACCAAACUGGUCAUUGAUUCAUUUUUCAAGUGCCGCGAUCAUCAGAGGAAUGUACAGGAACGCUGUUUUUUUACUGAACUAAUUUGCCUCCGUAUACCAUUAAACCCAAUAGGCACAUAUAUAUAAAGGUUUAGCGUUUGGCCUUUUUACUUUUUAAUGUCCGUGACCUGUUUUUACAAUUUAGACCAUAUAGGUACGAAAAAAAACCCCGAAAUGUUAAAGAUAAAAGAAAACCUAAAAACCAGACUUCAGGUUUUGUCAUCCGGCGUUGCUGAAUGAAGUUAGUGAUCCAUCGUCCCUGUCUGGAACACGCUCCACGAUCACUUCACAUGACAUCUUAGUGGGUUAAACUGCAAAAGCGGAUAAAGCGUUGUAACAGCAUUGACUCAACGACAGAAAAUAGAUGUCUUAGUCAUGUAAAAAUGACGCCCACCACCAAUCUCCGAGUCCUUGCCAUCUCCCUGCUCUCCCUCUUCACUGCCCCACUUACCGCUGCUGUGAAGACCCCUUCGUACCCCCCUCCUCAGCACACAGACCGCUCAGGGCUCACCGAGCACCCCGAGGCCGACUCCAGUACCCCCCUGCUGCUGCGUGCCAUCCAGGCCGAUGCCAGGCCAGCUGCUCUCCGAGGCAGACCCAAACCCUCCGAGAAGCUUCCAGAAAUCUCAGAGGGAGUUCUCGAGACGCCGCCGAGACCCCUGCCGCAGGUCAUGUUCCCCAAGAACACGACCGCAACGGAGUCGGUCACAACCCGUUUCAGAGCGGCCCAGGUGCCGCCCGUUAUGGAAGGCUGGCCGGACGUAUGUUGGGGUUACUACGACGUGAUGGGACAGUUUGACAACGCCUUCAACUGCUCCAAGGACACCUUCAUCUACUGCUGUGGAACGUGCCACUACCGCUUCUGCUGCCCGGAGCGAAGCCGCAAGCUGGAGCAGGAGAACUGCAAAAACUACAACUCCCCAGACUGGGCCAAACCGCAGACAGACGCCAUGAUAAUACCAGAGGAGUUGGGCAACGACCCGGACUUUGAUCCACUGAAGCAGCAGAGCCACAACACGGGCUUCGUCAUCGGUGGGGUCGUCGUGUUCAUGGUGGCUGUAGCUGUGGGCAUCAAGGUGGUCUUCAACAAGGUGCAACAGGAAGCCAACCAGCGGGACUUGAAUAUGCCCAGAGCCCUGGUUGACAUGUUGCGGCACCAGUCCAGCCCAGUCCAGCAGGAUGAAAGAAACAACAGCGUGGCUCUGACCGUAGGGGACGGAACAGGGACUAUAGGAAGAGCUCCCAAAAACCUCUACGCCCCAGGAGUGCCCAACAAAGACAACAGAUUGGGCAAUUUGCAACACAAUUUCAUCCACUCGUCAGGCUCCAGCCCCAAGCACACUGCAACCAUCGAACGCACCCCCCGGAUGAACAAUGCUCAGCUGGCAGCUGGAGGCACCCUGCUCUCCAGUAAACACAACAACACCAAAUCCCAGCCUUCCUUCCACCAUUCCCUGCACAACCUGGCCCAGCUGCCGCCUUCCUACGAGAGCGCCACCAAGCCUGAGCUCAACAGAUACUCUUCGCUCAAACGCCUCGAGAAAGGUCUCGAUGAGUACUCGUCUGGUUACUGCACCACCAAGCGCCGACCUCACACAGCCCAGCCGGCACUCCAGUCCUCUCAGCACCACCUCCACUGGGGUGGAGACUACACCCUCAGUGGCAGAGGCACCCUUCCUAGGCAUGCGGUCCGUCCCUGGAUCCCUCCGCCGCCCUCGGGCAUGCCCAUCUCUCCCAUGCCUGCCUCUCCCACUCCUAAUCCGUAUCCUCUGGACCCUCCAGAACCGCAGUUCAAUCCCAACUAUGACACCCUCUCCAAGCCGCCGAGAAAAGUUAAGUCCACGGACCAACUGCUCAACAUGGGUGAUGUCCCAGGCAACACUGGGACUCUGUCCCGGCUGUCCAAGAACCAACAGCACCAGUACUACAAAGCGAUGGCUGCUUCCAACAAGAAUUCCAACACACAAACCCUGACCAGGAAGACACAGGACAGGCAGGAGAGACAGGAGAGGCAGGAAAGGCUGCUCAUGUCCCCAGACCAUUUGGAGGAGAGGAUGGGGGUCGGUGGGAUUGGGGUUGGCGGAAUGGGUGUCGUAGACCCCUACGUCCACACAGGAGGUGGCGUCCCCACGCUGCCUCGCCAGCAGAAGGCCCAGUCCCAGCAGAACGUGUGCGCCACGCCCUCCCUCGACCGGCACCACAUGAUCAAGAUGAACUCUCACCCCACAUCCGGACGAGAGCAGGAGAGGAACACGACCGGGACCGGUCAUGUGAGCGGGAGCGGCAUGGGCUGGUCGGCGGGGGAGAUGCCCGGAGCGGGGGUUGUUAUGGGAACGGGAACGCUAGGAGGCCACAGCGCCAGGAGGAUGGCUUUUGCAGCAAAAAGGCAGAACACCAUCGAGCAGCUACAUUUCAUACCGGGAGGGGGUGGUGGGGGGUCAGCAGGAAGUGCAGGUGGCAGCCAGGGAAUCAGGACAGGGAGUAAAAACGAGGUGACGGUGUAGGAUCUGUGCCUAGUGUUGAGAGUAGUCCUUAGAUGUUUGGGAGUAGAUCCCCUUCUACAUUUAACUAUUAGAUUCAACAAGAACUAAAACUAGAAACAGUACAGUAGUAACAGUAUCACGUGUUUAGGCUAUUGAGAUUAGUUUUACUCUUGUAAUGAAAUUAGCUUGAUUAUGACUGCUUAUAAAUUUAAAGAUCUGGAUGGGGAAACCCGUUUCCCUUUUUGUGAUAGUCUACAUCAGCCAUAUUUUGUAACAGAGUUUGCCAUAUUGCCAUAAACAGCAGUGCCAUUACUUGUAGAGGGACAGAUAGGAUAGGUGUAAGAAAAUAAAACAGAUGGUCAUAGCUUAGUUUUUAUAUGUUUUUCAAAAAAAAAAGUACUCAGGAGCCAUAUUAGAUAGGGAACCAGACAAUAUAACAAAGAUGCGAUGAAGCAGAGGACGACGCGGAUUACUUUGUUGCAAAGUUUCAGAAAGCAGAGCCAACUAGCCGGACUUGUAGGGAUUUGCUGAACUGGUGGAUCUAAACGCUCGGUGGACCAGAUGGGUCUCAAAGACCAUUGUGCCUGGUGAAUUUAUUUAUUUUAUAUUUUCUUUUGGAGAUUUUACUUUCUGCUGAACAAACCUCGUCCCGGCGCAGGGAGACUGAACUCGUUCCUUGAUAUGUAACUGCGUGGAGAAGGUGGAGGCUUUUUCAGCAGCUUUCCGUCUUAUUUAAACUGCAGCCGUACCUACAUUAACAAUCCAAUUGCCUGGGUUGCCUAGAUUUCCAUGUGACCUUAGAUUAAACCACCAGAAGAGACUCACACUCUGAUCACUGUUACACAACAGGAAGCUGAUAUGUAAACUCAUAUUAGAUCACAUAAGUGGGGUGAGGUUUCCCCAAUGCUCUCAUUUACAGAUCAGGUCCUACCUGUAUGAGCAGUGGCUUACCAAAUAAAAACAAAGUUUUUAAAAAGAGCCAUCGGUGGUGAUGUUACACAACAAUGAUCACACAAACCUACAGAAUCCAGAGAUUAAAGAGCAGCAUUUCUUCAGUUUACCUACAUAGAGGCAACGCUGCGAUCUAGGUUACAUGUGAAGAGCACAACAAGGUUGCACUUACACAGAACUGUCCUUCAAAGCCAUUUAUGGAGAUACAAAGGAAAUGCCACCCUGGAAGCUGGUCUGACAAUCACCACCUAAUUACUAUGGCCAGGUGACACGUUACACAAGUCAGUGAUGUUUUUUUUUACAGUCAAAGGAUUGGUUUCAAAAGUAAGCCAAAGACCUCAGUCAGGCGCGAUGGCGACCUGAGG